AUGCCCUCCUUGUCCUGGAUCUUGGCCUUCACGUUGUCUGCAAGAUGGCGAGUGCCAGGAUGGUGGCCAGUCCAAUGCCGCAAAGACUGGAGAUUGACAGUCCGACUCCAAAACUGUGACACACACAAGGCCGGCAAAAUGCUUGCAUAA